CAACUGUAAGCUGCAGUCCUCGUCUCUACUGUCGUCACCGUGAGUCAAACUCACAGAGGGCCAGGUCACAGCUGUUGGCUGUCGUCUGGGAAAGUAAAAGGGGGUCCUGUCACUCUCGGAACUACCCGGCGCCUCACCCGGCUGGCGCAGGAGAACGCGUCCUGUCGUGGCCACCGGCGUGGAGCGGGACGGGAGCCCCCUUGGAGGGGGCAGCCCCGAGAGGACCUGCUGCAGCCAGAGCGGUAAAAAUAAGUGACUAAAGAAGAAUACCUGGGAGUCAUCUAACAUGUCGAGGAGAAGGUUUGAUUGCCGAAGUAUCUCUGGCAUGCUAACUACGACUCCUCAGACCCCCAUGAAAUUGGAAAACUUCCAUAACUUUUAUACACUUACAUCUAAAGAGCUAGGAAGAGGAAAAUUUGCUGUGGUUAGACAAUGUAUAUCAAAAUCUACUGGCCAAGAAUAUGCUGCAAAAUUUCUGAAAAAGAGAAGAAGAGGACAAGAUUGUCGAGCAGAGAUUCUACAUGAGAUCGCUGUACUUGAAUUGGCAAAGUCCUGUCCCCACGUGAUUAAUCUUCAUGAAGUCUAUGAAAACACAAAUGAAAUCAUUUUGAUAUUAGAAUAUGCUGCAGGUGGCGAAAUUUUCAAUCUGUGUUUACCUGAGCUAGCUGAAAUGGUUUCUGAAAAUGAUGUUAUCAAACUCAUUAAGCAAAUACUUGAAGGAGUUUAUUAUCUACAUCAGAAUAACAUUGUACACCUUGAUUUAAAGCCACAAAAUAUAUUGUUGAGCAGUAUAUAUCCUCUUGGAGACAUAAAAAUUGUAGAUUUUGGAAUGUCUCGAAAAAUAGGGAAUGCAUGUGAACUUCGGGAAAUCAUGGGAACUCCAGAAUACUUAGCUCCAGAAAUCCUGAACUAUGAUCCCAUUACCACAGCAACGGAUAUGUGGAAUAUUGGUAUUAUAGCAUAUAUGUUGUUAACUCAUACAUCCCCAUUUGUGGGAGAAGAUAAUCAAGAAACAUACCUCAAUAUUUCUCAAGUUAAUGUAGAUUAUUCAGAAGAAACUUUUUCAUCAGUUUCACAACUGGCCACAGACUUUAUCCAGAGCCUUUUAGUAAAAAAUCCGGAGAAAAGACCAACAGCAGAAAGCUGCCUUUCUCAUUCUUGGCUACAACAGUGGGACUUUGGAAACUUGUUUCACCCUGAAGAAACUUCUAGUUCCUCUCAAAUUCAGGAUCAUACAAUAAAGUCCUCUGAAGACAAGACUUCUAAACCCUCUUGUAAUGGAACCUGUAGUGAUCGAGAAGACAAAGAGAAUAUUCCAGAGGAUAGCAGCACGGUUUCCAAAAGAUUUCGAUUUGAUGACUCAUUGCCCUGUCCCCAGGAACUUGUUUCAGAUUUGCUCUGUUAGCACUUUUCCCUUUGACUCAUUGAGACUGAAUUUGGAAUUUUAAAUCCACUCCAGUGUGUGGUUAUGGUUUGUAGUUUCAUAUAUGGCAUGUUUAUAUUGUAAAUGCAUUAUUGCAUAGAAGAAUUUAGGUAAGUGCAUUUAUGCUGAAUUAUUAGUUUCAAGCAUAAUUUUAUUUCCUAUCCUGAAAUAUCAACUCUGCAGAGAGGAAAAUAUUUAAAUAUAUGACAAAAAAUAAAAUUGUAUAUGUGAGUUUACAUGUUAAUGAUAGAAUUCAAGUUCAAAUCAGUUUAUCAAAGUGUUUUACAUAUCA